AGCAGUUGUCAUUUUUUUUUAAAAGUUAUAAUUUUUACCAUAUCUAUUAUCAUAUUAACCUAACCGAAAAUUAAUAGAAAUUUGUUAAAACAUUUUAUUAAAAGUUUUAAGUUCCCGCGAAAGUUGUAAUCUUUUGUUUUUAAAUGUAAAACUGCAAUGCCUGGAAAACCGAGUAACGAUCAGGAGGAAAACAUACUAGAACAAGCUGCUGAUGAACCAUCGUUGACCGACCAUUUAAACAAAUAUUUGUUGUGCGCUUAUUUGAAUCGUUUGAACAAAGAAGACCAAAGUGGCGAAGACGACGCUGAAGGCGACGAAAAAACAGAAGUUUUUAGUGAUUAAUUGUUAGUUAUUAGCAAAAUGGCAGAUUAUGAUGACAACGACUUGGAUAAGUGGGUCGAUCGUUUUGGCGACGAGGACAAUGACUUGGAAGCUUUAGUUCCAGAAGCCAUUGAAGAAGCUGAAGAAGUCCCAGAAAGCAAAGAUUCAGAUGAAAAAAGAAUCGUCCCAGUCAAAGUUCGUGUCAGGAACCCACAACCUAAAUUGGACCCCGCAAGAUUACGUGGUCCACGUGGUUUGUCUGUACUCCAAACAUGGUUCGAGGACAUUCAACUGAAAGGUAAAGGGCAUGAACUUGAAGAUCUUAAUGCUGUUAUGAAUCGUCUCGAACAAUGGACCCAUAGACUUUUUCCGAGAUAUACAUUUGAUGAUGCCAUUGAUAAACUAGAAAAAUUGGGGAAAAAAAAUGAAGUUAAGGUGAUGCUCAAGCGUAUUCGGAUGGAUAUGGAUAACAAUGAAACUGUUACGCAAGUAGAAGAUGAGAUACCUGAAGCACCUGUACAGCAGGAUCCAUUUGAUAGAAUUGCUAACACUGUUGAUAUUUUCCCGGUGACUUCCACUCCAAGUGUAACUAAUUCCGGUUUAACGGAAGAGCAAAGACAAAGGAUGAUGCGUAAUAGAAUGCUGGCUGAAGAAAGACGACAAGCUAAGAUAAGGGCUCGAGAAGAACAAGAGCGUAACAAUAUAUCUCGAAGUGAGAUUGAAAUUUCUUCAGUUGAAACAUGUUGAAUAAGAAUAGACCUUUAAAUAAAUAAAAUUUGCUAUAUUUUUUUUUAUUCAUCAAUUUAUAUAACUAAAUCAAUAAAUACUCAUACUAAAAUGUUAAUUAGUUUAUUAAAGUAGUUCCAACUAAUA